CACAUCCCUCGGGCCCUCAGCCUCACCUACUUAUACUCACCAACUCAUCCAGAACACAGUAGCCACUCGCGCUCCAACACGUUUAUCCAUGAUGGCCUCCUCCUCCUCCUCCUCCUCCCAACCCAUCACCCUCACCUACCUAACCGUCGACGUCUUCACCUCGACGCGCUACCUCGGCAACCCCCUAGCCGUAGUCCUCAUCCCCGCCUCUCUUCGUCGCCAUCUCACCCAAGACGUCAAACAGCUCAUCGCCCGCGAAUUCAACUUCUCCGAGACCGUCUUUCUGCAUACACUAGACGACGAAGCGCGCGAUGGCUUGACUUCUACCAGCCGGGAAAUCGACAUCUUCACCAUCGAGGAGGAACUCCCUUUUGCCGGACAUCCCACGGUGGGAACGGCGUACCUCGUGCUGAACCAUUUCGGUUGGAAGCAUGUUGAUACGCUUGUUACUAAGGCGGGACCGAUUACUAUUAGACCGACGUCCGAAGGAAGGGUGAAAGCUACGAUUCCGCAUGCUGUGCGUGUUCAUAGGCAGACGUUGGGCGGGGUAUUGAAUGGACAGAAAGAAGGGGAGGUGAAGGAUAUGAUUAACGCUGCGCUAUCGAAUGAUCCAGAGAUUAGAGAGGCAGAGUUGAAUGGGCCGGUGGUUAGUAUCGUUCGGGGAAUGACGUUUUUAUUGGUCAAGUUGCCGAGCUUGGAACAUUUGGCAAAGGUGUCGACGGCGAAGAGGCUGGAUUUUAGCAAAGUGGAGGAGUUGUUGGAUAAAGGGGAGUGGGAAGGCGGGUUUGUGUCCAGGUAUUAUUAUGUGGCGACGGAGGAGAGAAAGGAUGAGGAGAGUGGGAGGAAGGAGUACAAGUUUAGGACGAGGAUGGUGGAGUUGGGAUUUGAAGAUCCGGCGACGGGCAGUGCGGCGUGUACGCUGGCGAGCUACUUGACGGUUAGUGGGAGGGAGAUGGGAGGGGCGAGGUUUGAGUUGACGCAGGGCGUGGAGAUGGGGAGGCAGAGUGAGAUUGAGGUGGAGACGACGGCGGUGGAGGGGGAGAAUGGGGAGGUGAAGGUGAAGGAUUUGUAUUUGGGAGGAACGGCAGUGGUGGUUACAAAGGGAAGUAUUUAUGUGUAG